AUGGAUGGUAAUAAUAAUAAUAAUAUUAAUAAUUAUUGUAAUAAUGAAAAACUUUUUUUCAGAGUUUUUCAUAAUGUUUAUAUUAGAAAUUUAAUAUUUCAUCACCUAAGAACAAUGGAGAUUGAAUUUAAAGAAAAUAAAAAUUAUAUUGGUAAUAGAGUCCCAUUCAAAUUUAUGUGUUUAGGAAAAAUAUCAAAAACAAAUCAAUGGCCAUUAUUAAUAUAUAAAUUAAAUUCAAUUAAAAAUAAUGAAUCACAACAAGAACAACAAGAACAAGAACAACAAGAACAACUAGAACAACAACAAUCACAAGAAGAAGAAAAUAAAUUUGAAGAAUUAAUAAUUUCAAAAAAGUGUUUUUAUUCAUUUAUUAAAAAUGUAAAUGAUGAAACAAUAAUUGAACUAUUAUUUGAAAAGAGAUUAAAUCAAAUUUUAAAACAAUAUCAACUCUAUUCAAAUAAAUUCUUGGAAAUGUUAUUUAAAAACUAUCUUCCAAAUAAUGAUUGUACAUUUAUGAGAUAUUAUUUAAAUGAUGGUAUAUUAUAUAAUGGUAAUGGUAAUGGUAGUGGUAAUGGUAGUGGUGGUGGUAGUAGUAGUACUAGCAAUUAUAAACAAGAGAAGGAAUUAAUAAAAUCACAAAUUCUUAAUAGGAGAAAGGAAGCCUUACUUCGUUACUUUAUUUUACAUUCAAAGAGUAUCAAAGAUAUCGAGUUUUUAGAUAAUUUAUUAAAAGAUCAACAAUUUAAAGAUUCAUUUUUAGUAGAAAUUCAAAAAUUAGUUAAAGAAAUAACAUAUAAUCUUGAAAGAAAUCCAUUGAAAUAUGGAGGUUUAGGAUUGGAUUAUAUUAUUGAAAAUGAUUAUAUCAAUUCACAAAAUAUCAAUGAAAUAGACCUAAGAUCAUUAUUAAUUUAUUUAAUUAAAUGGUCAUCAGUACACAUUAAUAAAAAUAAAAUCAGUCAUUCAAGAUCUUUAAAAAAUUUAAAAUCAAUUUUAAAUAAAUUUGGUGAAUCAAAAGGUAUAAAUGAGUCAGUAUUAAAAACAACAAUUUUAGAAAACUGUGUAACUUAUAAUAAUCUUCAAGUUGCUAAAAGUUUAAUUGAACAAUCUUCAACAACAACAACACCAUCAACAACAAUAACUAUUUCACCAAAUAUUGAUGAUUUAGUAUUUCUAAUUAAGUUUAGUAAAAACUGUUCAGUGGAUACCACUUCAUUUUUAAGUUUAUUCUUAUCAAAUAAAAGUCAAUUAAUUGAUAAACCGAUGGAUGUAUAUGAAAGUUUAUUUGAAAUUUCAAUUAAUUCAAUUGGAAAAAGAACUCUUUUACUUCAAAUACUUUUAGAUUCAAAUAUCUAUAGAUGUAAUGAACCAAUAAUUAAAUUUCAAUCAUUUAUUGACCACUUUAAUGAAGAUCAAAAAAUUGAAAUCGCAACUAAAAAAUUAAUUCAAAUAAUUGAUGAACAAACUAUGAAUAAUCAUAUUAAAGAAAUUUUAAACAAUGGUGGUUAUUAUCAAGAUCAAUUAUUCUCAAAAAGUUUUGAAAUUUAUUUAAAUUAUCAUUUCAAUGAAUCAAAUUAUAUUGGUGUCAAUACAUUUAAUGAAAAAGAUUUCAAUUAUAAUAAUAAUAAUAAUAAUAAUGAUAAUAAUGAAAUUAAAUCUGAAGAAGAUACAAAUUUCAUUAGACAAUUAUUUUUAAUUAAAAUGUUGGAAAGAGAUGAUUUUGAAACUAUUAAAUUAAAAUUAACAAAUGUUAAACCAGGUUCAAUAGUAGCAUCAACAAUAGUUAAUUUAAUAUUUGAUUUACUUAAAGUAAAGAAAAGUUUUACAAAAAAUUUAAAACCAAUCUUAUCAAAUUACCAACAAUUGAAAUGGUUAAUUGAUUUUGAUCUACAUUCAAAUAAAAUCAUAACAUUAUCAACAACAUGUUUUGAAUCAAUAGAUUGUCAUUUAUUUACAAUGGACGAAAAAAUGGAUUUAAUUAAUAGAAUUUUGAAAUUAAAGAAAUCAACAACUAUUACAACUUAUAAUUAUGAAGUUUUACCAAUACCAGAUACAAACACUACUACCACCACUGUCACCACCACUGCCACCACUGAUAUUGCAAAUGAUGAAACUUCAAAUAAGAUUACCACUGGUGAUGAUACUUCAGCAGCAACAACCAAUAAAACAACUGGUAUUCCUUGUAAAACAAAGAAUGAACCAAUUCUUCCAAUUUCAAUUAAAUCGGGAGCAGUUUUAGCAUCUACAACUACUAAAGAAAUUCAAUUGAUAAGUGGAGAUUCAAUAAUUCCUAUUUUAUAUCCAUUUGAAUUUAAUGAUUAUGAAAAUGAUUGUAUGCAAUUCUUUAAUAGAUUUCAAAGUAUUUCAACUAGUCCAAGUAAUUUAGCAUUGAUUGUAAAGAGUUUUAUUCAUUUAAAUGCAACACCAAAUUGUGAUAUAAGUUACUUUCAACAAAUUAAAAAUGAAAUAAUUAAAAACCCAAAUUUAACAUCUUGUUUUCAUACAAUGAGAGUUAAUGGUAAAUGUUUAUGUUGUAAUGAGCCUGGAAACAUUAGAUUUAAAAAAGUACUCAAUCCAAAUAUUACAAUUGACAAAAUUAAUUCAUUCAUUAAAGAUUUAAAAGAAAUAAUACUUGAAUUGAUUUCUUUUGAAAUUUAUGGUAACUUUAAUCAAUUAAAUAAUAAUAGCAAUAAUGUUAUUCCAGAGAAAUAUAAAUUCACAUUAUUAGAAGCAAUGUUUGUAUUUAUAAAUGAUCAAUCAAUUUUAAAAACAGCCUUAUUAGAAGAUUCAACAUCAAUUCAUUUAAAUGCUUCAAUUUUAUCAAGUUAUAUUUCAAAAUUAACUUGGGAAACUCAUUGGGAUCUAUUUGAACUUAUCAUUAAAAAUCAUAAAGAAUUUAAUUUAGAUUUAAAGAAAAUUAAUCCAUUUUCAAUUUUAGAACAAACUAUUAAAUUAGAUUCACCAUUUAAAAUCAUUCAACUUUUAAUUGAUUUUAUAAAUGAUUCAAUUUAUAAUAAUAAUAAUAAUAAUAACAAUAAUAAUAAUAAUUUUGGUAAUGAUAAUAUUAAUAAUAAUAAUGGAUUAUUUAAACAACUUUCAUAUCAAUCAGUUGAUACUUUAUUAAAAAAGAAACCAAUUAACUCAAUAAGAAAUGCAUUUAAAUUAUUAUUAUUAAAUUAUAAGUUAUUCGAUUGGAAAGAUGAAUUAAUUUCACCAUUAUCAUUCUCGACAAUAAUAAAUGAUCUAGAAAGUGGCAAUGAAAUUCAAGAUGAAACUUUAAAAAGUUUAUUUAGAAAUUAUAAAAAAAAUUUAUUUUCUCGAAACCCAAAAAAAUCUAAAUUUAUGAAUGAUCUUGAAAUGCAAGAAUUAACUGAAGAUUUAGGAAAAAUGAAAAUGGAUCCAUCUUUAAUUGGAGGUAUUGCUGAUAAAAAUAUUCAAACCACUACCACCACCAAUAAUAAUAAUAAUAACAGUAAUAUUAAUAAUAAUCACAAUGAUAACAGUGGUAAUAAUAAUAAUAAUAAUAAUAUAAAGAUUGCAAGUUUAUUUGAUAAUAGUGCCAAUAGUAGUACUAGCAGUACCAUUUCAAAAAAUAAAUCUUCACCAUUAUCAAAUAAGAAGAAAAUUCCAACAAAAACUAAUUCAAAUUCUCAAAAUUUUAAUUUUAAUUUUAAUUCUUCACCAACAACAACAACAUCAACAACAGCAUCUUUCACUUUUUCUCCAUUCUCUUCCAAUUCUCCUAUUUCCUCCCCUUUUUCUACUCCCUCAUCUCCAUUUGAUUUCAAUAAAUCAACAACAUCUGCAACUUCGACAGAAGCAACUUCAUCUACAUUUAAUUUCAAUUUAUUACCAGCAACAACAACAACAAUAUCACCAAAUAAAACAACAACAACAACAACAUCGCCAUUUAAUUUCAAUUUAUUAUCAACACCAGAAAAAUCCAACUCUCCUUUUAAAAGUACUUUGACUUUUUCACCAUCACCAUCAUCACCCUCGCUAUUACUUUCAAAUUCAUCAGCUCCAUUAAUUUCAUCCACAGUUCAACCACCACCUCCAAUAUCAUCACCAUCAUCAAUUACUAACAUAAAUGAAUCACCUUUAAAAAUAACAAAAAAUAUUCCAAAAGAAAGAUUUGAUUUAUUAAUUAACAAUUUAAUAACUAAAGGAAAAUUAUUUAAAGCAAGGGAAUAUAUUUUAAAAUACAGUGAUCAUAAGUUUGAUUUAGUUAAAAUUAGUUAUGAACAUGCAAAAAAAAUAGUCAAAUAUUGUGAAAAAGACAUUGUGGAAAUCUUUAAGAAAUAUUUCAGUCUAUCUAAAUACCAAAAAACCAUCUUGGUCGAUAUUACCAAAGAAAGAAGAAAGGAUUUAAUUCCUCUUUUUGUUGAUUUCGCUCAAGAAAAAAAAAAAUAG